AUGUACACAUAUAUAUUUAAUCAUCUUCGUAAAAUACCGCCGAACAUACAACGGGCCACAGAAGAAUGGAGCGGCGAUGGUCCUCCAAUUGCCCCGUAUCAAGAAGCGUUGGGAGAGCGGCGAGGAUGGUACCGCGGGAUGGGGCCUAAACCUUCUUCCAACACGUCCUCGCACUCGUCAUCUAACAUGUCGUCUUCGCAAGCUCGGACGCAAGAACCCUUUUCCGAGGAUUUUGUUAACAGCUUGUUCCAAACCCCGUCAUUUUUGAACCAACUUAACAACUAUCUUGCUUCACAAGGAAAAGGAAAGUCAAAAGACUACGAUUCUGACAACUUAUUCGAUAAUGAAUCCGACGAUGAACCCAACGAUAACGAUGACGAUGAGUGACUUGUUUUUAA